ACUUUCAAUCAUAACUAUAAUAUAGUUUUGUAAAUUUGAUUUGCUUUCGAUAAAUUUGAGAAUGAAUUUAAUUCAAUUGAAAUUUGCCGUCGUACAAAUAUAUGUUUGUCAUAGUCUGUUGCGUUUUUGUGGUCAAAAAAAAAAAAUAACAAAUAUACUAAAUAACCGUGGAUGGGCAAAAUUAAAAGAAACUCUUCAUGAUACAAAUGAAAAAGAAAUUCUACUUCAAGCAUUUAAUGAUUUGGAUGAAAAUGAUAAGAAAUGCAAGGCCGCAAACAUACUAAAUAAUCUUUAUGGAACAUUACAAAUUGAAAUAUAUCAAUUUUAUCAUUGUAUUUCCUCUGAAUGUAUUGAAGAAAAAAAUUAUAAUGUUGAGUUUCUAUUAACUGAAUUCAAAAAGUUAGGAAACAUAAUAAAUGUAUUUGAACCUUUACUACAAUGUAUGAUUAAAGCGUUGGAUUAUUUAGAACGAUAUAGCGAUGUUCAUAAUGUACUGUGUAAAAGCAAAUAUUACUACAAAGAAAUUAAUACAUUUUUACUUGAUAAGAAUCUUCAAAAGUUAAAAAAUAAAAACUCAUAUUAUGUAGAAGAAGUCUUAAACAAACUUAAAGAGGUUAAUCAGUAUCAUUAUAAUGUCGUAGCGGGGUCAGGUCAAAUCAAAAAUAAUUUUGAUUAUACACCAUUCGUCGAGAAGUAUAUUAAUCAAUUUAAAAAUCUUUCUAAUCAUGAAAACCAGUAUUAUCCUGACCCGAACCAUGUUGGCAUGAAAAAAAAGAUUGAAGAAGGUGUUCAGAAGUUUUGCAAGGAUUUUGGGUUUAAUUAAAACAAGGAAUUGUGAAUACUAAAAACUCGUGUAUUUUUUUAUGGUUUUCAAUAUAUAUAUAAGUCCGUUUACCUAUACUUUUGAAAAAUUUCGGAGUAUCUUGUCUGUAUUUUAUUUCGGUGAAUUAUUAUUCAAAAAUUUAAUUUUUUCUAGUUUUACAAAUCUUAACUUUAUGAAUAUUAAAUAAUGUAUAUUUCACAUAAUAUAAUAAUUGUUUGGAAUGCUAUUUAUUUAUUUAAAAAUAAA